GAUAGUGUUGAUUGAACGGUCACGUGGAGUAUCCACUGGAAAAAAGUCUUUCAAAAGCACAUCACAGCGCUUUAGUCAUUGCUCUUCCACCCCCUGCAUUUUCACCCUAAGUGCUUGCGCCUUUUCGCUCUUGUUGUUUUUUAAACUCUCCGUCGCAUGAAUGGGAUUUUAAUACAGCCAAUUUCAGUUAAAAAGCUAUAAACGUUUCGUUUUUUCUUUUGAGACUAAACAUGUCCACAUCGGUGAAGAAAGUUUUGGCAGAUAUAUUUGAAAGCCCUAGUGAUGAAGAAGAAUUUCUUGGUUUUGGCGUUGAUUCUUCAGAAGAGCUCUCCGAGGAGAGUCGAGACAGCCUCCGCUCACAGACCUCCUGGAAGCCAGUCCUUCAUUUCAAGUCUAAAUUCAUUACAGAUGAUUUGGCACAUAUCUUCAUGGACACAGACAGUGAAGAGGAGUUUGAAGGCUUCAGGCAAGAGGAGAGCUCUCUUUGCAGCCACUGGACGAGCUCCAAGGUUUUAGAGUCGGAGGAGGACAGUGAUGACAUUGGUUUUUAUUCAGAUGAUGACAAUCCAGCCCAACAACGAAGGCAGAGUUCUGGAUUAUGUGUUGCAUUCAGGUUUCCUCUCAGACGAAGCUCCAAUCAUGAAAGGCCAAUGCCAAAGAAAUCCUCCAAGAUGGCCAAGUCAAGUUUUCCACCAGUCACUCAGCCUACAGCAAGAACCAGAAAGAGGAGAGGAGGCCCAGCAGAUGUACCUGUGGCAUCUAAAAAUGGAAAAACUGAGAAAAGAUUUCAUAUCGCCAGAAAUGAAUCUGAGGAGGAGGAGGAUGAUGAACUGACUGAGGCAGAGAUACAAAUACUAAGCAAAAGGGCUAAAAAUAUUCAGGAGAACAAAGCUAUGCUUGCAAAGCUAUUUGCAGACCUGAAUGCCUUACCAGACCUCUCCCCAAAGACAACGCCUUCAAAAAGGAAGCAGCAUGCUCCAAGAAAGCAUGUGUCUGAAGUGCAGAGCGAGAGGCGGAACCCAAGCCGCAAGGCAAGACCCCCGGAGCAUUUUGGGUUGGAGCAGGAGCCGGUCAUUUCUACGAAACCAAGAGGAAGGAGCUUAGCAAUAGACCUCAAGAAACUAAUGGAGGUGGACAUGGACUUGCGAGAAGAUGGGCACAGGCAGAAACGGCAACACAGAAAGCGCACUUCUGUGCGAAUGCCAGAGGACAUCACAGAGGAAGAGCUGGACAAUGUUGCUGACCGUUCUAAAGACAAAAUUCUUGAUAAAGAAAAUGGCAGUACAUGUCAUCAGUGCAGACAGAAGACUUUAGACACCAAGACUGAGUGCAGGAAUCCUUACUGUCGAGGGGUCAAAGGCCAGUUCUGUGGACCCUGCUUACGGAACCGCUACGGCGAAGAUGUUCGCACAGCCCUACUAGACCCUACAUGGGAGUGUCCUCUCUGCCGAGGCGUGUGUAACUGUAGCCUGUGCCGAAAACGAGACGGGCGCUGUGCCACAGGUGCCCUUACCCGCUUAGCCAAGUUUUAUGGCUAUCACAAUGUCAAAGAGUACCUAGAAAGUCUACAGAAGAACCUCAACUGAAGCCUGGCUGCUGUUGGAAUCGAGCUGCAUUUUAUCAGGUGUUGGUCAGAGUUUAGACAGGGAGUUUCUUUUUCCUUUCACUGUCCAAAUCCUCAAGGCUGCUGAGAUAUAGAUGAAAAGCAGUCCUGAUUUGAUUUCGAAAGCCUGCUGUCUACCAGCAAAACAGGCAGUUUCAGUUGGACUGUAGAGUUUUAGGAAUGCUUUUUCCACUUUAAUCAUUCAAUCAUUUCCUUAUAGAUUUAAAGAGUUAGUUGCUCUUUAUUUUGACUUGCGCAUAGUUUGUUUUUCUUUAGCUUUGUAGCUUUUAAAGAAAUCACUUUGCAUAUUUGAGGGUAAGUAAAGGAUCACAUGGUCAGAUAUGCAAAUAAUUAUGAAGCCAGUCAGAACUGCUACGUGAUUAAAGAACUUGCUUACUCACUUAACCAAAACGUUGUCCACUGUAAGAAAUCAUAAAGGUAAUGCACUGGAUUUAUGUCAAGUUAAAAAAAAAAAAAAAAUUCAGCCUACUGUUUUAUGCUUGUCUGUUUUCAAAUUUGAACAGACCAAAGGAUUUUCUUCCUAACAUCUUUAAACAUGUUGAAACUUUUAAACUGAAAACAUGAAGCUUUCUAUUGGAGCUCUGAAGCCACUUAGAGAGGUGUAUAUGAGUACGUACCAUGUUUUAGACUGAGAUGGGCACCAAAUUGAGUUCAUUAUUGUAACAUAGUUUGGAGAUGCAAAAUAUUUUGUUGUUUUGACUUUUUACUCCUGCACUUUUGAAAUUGAGAAGUGACUCGACAUUUUGCCGCAUUGUUCAGUAAAUUUCAAGUAUUCCCCUCAAUUAAAACAGUAAAACAUAUGUUAUGCUGGCAAUUGUUCAUUUUGAUGCAUUUUUGAGGAGAUUCAGUGCCGGGUUAGAGGCAAAAGAUGCCAGCAGUUGUGCUUACCAGAGAUGGACGGAAAGAGAAGCAUGCUGUACAUGUAAAUUGGUGAAUCCCAGGCUUGAACUUGGUAACACACUUUGUCUUUUAUUCAUUUUAAUCCAAACUCUUUAAAUAUCUAGUUUACUGUCCCAGUAAAGCUCUUACAUUUGGCAUGUCGCAUGUAACUUGACAUACGUAAUCUGUGGAAUCAAAGUUGUUUUCAAUAAAGACCUGAUUUCAGUUCA